GUGCCCUCCUCCCGCCCCCGCACCGCGCGGGCGGGGACCCACCGGUUCCGCUCCGCUUUAGCGGCGGCGAAGGGAGGACCCCAGGGAGCAGGACCCCGGCGUCCGGUCGCCCAGCCGUGUUCAGGCUUGGGCCCGCAUGGAGGGGACAGUGGAGUCCCAGACACCUGACCUGCGAGACGUGGAGGGCAAGGUGGGCAGGAAGACCCCCGAGGGGCUGCUCCGCGGGCUGCGCGGCGAGUGGGAGCCAGGAAUCUCUGGCGCCCUGCUGCUCCCGGGGGAGCCUAGCUCGGGCCACGGGCUCGGGGACAAGAUCAUGGCGCUGAGGAUGGAGCUGGCUUACCUGCGAGCCAUCGAUGUGAAGAUCCUGCAGCAGCUGGUGACCUUGAACGAGGGCAUCGAGGCCGUGCGCUGGCUGUUGGAGGAGCGGGGGACGUUGACCAGCCAUUGUAGCAGCCUCACCAGCAGCCAGUAUAGCCUGACCGGCGGGAGCCCCGGCCGCUCAAGGCGAGGCAGCUGGGACAGCCUGCCAGACACCAGCUGCACCGACCGGCUGGACAGUGUCUCUCUUGGCAGCUUUCUGGACACGGUGGUCCCCAGUGAGCUGGAUGAACAGGCCCCCCCUGGGGCUCCCCGUCCCGAGGUGGACUGGGCAAAGGCUACACCUGGUGGGGAAAGGGGCAGGACUGAGGUGGACCUGACGGCCACCAGGCUAGGGAGCUUCAGGGCUAUGUGGAAGCCCCCAGGGGAGGGGCUCCAAGGUGGACCACCUGAGUCACCAGAGGACGAGAGUGCCAAUCUGGGAUUCGAGGCCCACUGGUACUGGGAGCCAUGCCAGGAUGAUGUGACCUUCUUGUAACAACUUUUCCACCCUUUUGUAUUCCUGUGGCUCUUUCAUCUCUUAGCCCUUGUCGCCCUCAAAAUUUAUGCUCCCUCAACCUAGGACGGGAAGAAGCUACACUGAAAUUAGUUACCAUGGAAACCUGGCUGAUCGCCCUCUGGUCCCUAGGGAAUCUCAGCCUUUAUCCCUCAAUUAUUGGGUCCUUUGAGCUAUUUCUAUAGAGAUAUUGACUCUAGAGGAUUGGCCUAUGGCUCCUAGUGUGACAAUAGCUCCCCCCUCCUCCUCCCCAGCCACCAAGUAACAAUAAAGGAAUUUAGGACCCCUCAGGAGAUCACGGAAGAUGUGGGAGUGUAAUUACCUCACCCAAAGUCUAGGAACCUUGGCCCACCGCUCUUGGCCAAGAUGGAGGAUUGACGAGGGACAUGGACAUUCAGGGCCAACCCUCAAUGGAUUGGCCCUCCCAGAGGCCUUUGGGGUUGGUGGGCCUACCCCUUCCAGUCUGCUGAGUGAUGUCAUUUCCAGCUAGGACGGCCCUAGCCCUUCCUCUGUACCCGUCCUUGGAUGGUGAUAGGUCAGUAUGAAGGUGCCUGAGCCCUUGCUGCUAAGUGAGAUUGUGCCAUUUAUUGUUCAAACCAUUACUUCUAGUGGGAACAUAUCACCCCUCCUGGCAGGAAAGUUUCUCACUGUCAGAUAUUUGUGCUGCUUUUCAGAAGGUUCUUACUUUUUAAAGGGUCUAUUCUCAUUUUAUCCUAGGAGAUCUCACUUCCUCUGUGGCCACAUCUCUGAUGCCAGCACUCCUGUCCCCAUGCACAGAUGUUCCUGGUUGGACAGCUUCCACUUCAGGUCCCAGGCUCCUUCUGUUGUCAGAUAGCCUGAUCCCUGCGUCAUAAAGUUUCCUGUCAACUUUUCAACUACUUGUUUUACUAUCUAUUGAUGAUGGUUCCAUGAAUUAUUUAUAACUAGCAAUUACAAAGUGGUGAUUUUUCUAAGGCUAUUAUUUUUUCUUCAUUUAUUAGCUCUAAUUCUGCACAGAAAACCUUUUUCACAUUCUCUGAGACUAUUUGGUUACCCUGAAAUAAAGUUCAUACCAGAAUGGCAAGAUAAA